AUGGGCUUGUUUCCAGAAGACUAUAAGAUUCCAGUGUCUGCUUUGCUGAAUUUGUGGAUAGCCGAAGAGUUUGUACUGAAUGUUGACACAGAGAAUUAUAUGGAAGAAGCAGCUAGAGUUUGCUUGAAUGAUCUGCUUAACAGAAGCCUAGUAAUGGUCUCUAAAAGGAGACGUAAUGGUGACAUAAAAUACUGCAUACUUCAUGAUGUAGUGCGUGAGUUUUGCUCAGCAAAACUUAGAGAAGAAAAGUUUGUGCAGCUUAUAGUGCCAUACAAUCCAUAUAAACAUUUGUAUACUAAGGAAUCGCGGUUAUGCACUUAUAUUCAUGAUGAUCUGGUGGAACAAUUAGAUCAUUGUGAAUAUCAGGUGGAUAAGAUUACAAUACACGAGUCCGAGGAAAGUACAAAGUGUUUUGGUCAGUGUUCUAAGCCGUCUUUGGAGUUCAUUGCUCAUCCAGAAUUUGAAACAUGGAAAAACCGAUCAAAUCCUUUACGUUUACUUGUUGAAUUAAAACUUGUUCGGGUGUUGCAUUUGAUGGAUGUGGAAACAAGUUCAUCAUGGGUUCCAACAGUAAAAUUGCUAACUCACUUGAGGUACCUUGCGCUUUAUGUCAAAGAUCAAUUUGAAUUCAAGUGGGUAUCACACCUACACGAUCUUCACACUCUAAAGGUUGCUUCAAGAAAGACAUUAUUCCCACGUUCGUCUGGUCUCUGGAAAAUGAACAAUUUAAGGCAUGUGAAUAUGAGAAAAGUUUUCUUGUUAUUGGAAAACGAGGAAGAAGAAUCUUCAGAAACAUUGCUGGAGAACCUGAAGACAUUUUGCAAUCUUCGUGUGUACGAUGAUAGAAAUCCAAGGUCGUGGUGGAGGUUUCCGAAUUUAGAAGAGUUGGGUCUCAGCCUUGAAAGUUUACCCUGUCGUUCUUUGUUUCCCAUAUCGGAAGUUCAUACACGCCUUCAAUCUCUUGACCUUGAAUGCCCAUGUAAGACUUAUCGCUACCCGCAUUCAGUUGGAUGGGAGAGCUACUUUGUCUUCCCUUCAAAUCUUAAGAAUUUGAGGAUUCGCCACUUUUCAAUAACGAAAGAAUUAACAUCAAACAUAGCAAGACUGCAGAAACUUGAGAAACUCAAAAUAAUCUGGGGAUUAUUAUUGGGUAAAGAGUGUUGGGACGUUAGAGAAAUGGAGUUCCAGGCACUUAAAUACUUGACAUUAGAGUGGAUGGAUCUAAGAGAAUGGAAAGCUUCAGAGGAAUCCUUUCCCGUGCUUGAGAAGCUACUCAUAAAAGGUUGUUACUCCCUCGACGCGAUCCCUCCUAGCUUUGCCGAUAUUCCAACACUCCAACUUAUUGAACUGUAUGGCUGCCCGGACUCUGUUGAGGAUUCAGCUAUGAAUAUUAAAAGAGAAAUUGAAGAAACCACUGGACGAGCCCAACUGCUCCAACUAGCUUGUAGCCAUAACUUUUCACUAUGGAAGGCUCAGAUGUCCAUGCUUAUGCAUGGACACAAUCUCUUUGGUCACCUUGAUGGAUCGAAACCAACCCCCUCUCAGACUAUCUCUGCAAAUAACCAAGCAUCUUCGAGACCGUCUCGCCGCCUUUCCAAGGACUCUCGCCCUAUUGUAGAUUAUCUUCAUCAAGUUCGCUCACUAUGUGUUGAACUUGCCACUGCUGGAUCCCCCGUUUCCAAUGAAGAACUGGUUGUCAAGAUUCUUACUGGACUUGGAUCUGAAUUCCGAGGCCUUUUCGCUGCCAUCCGAGCUCGAGAUUCAACAAUCUCAUACGAAGAACUAUAUGAAAAGCUCCUUUAUUAUGAGCUUUUUCUUCAUCAUGAGGAAGCCAAAAGGACUCCUUUUGCUCCAAUAACUGCUAAUAUUGCUCAGGGGACUGC